CUAGUGUGAUUUUGAAACUAGUGAAUGGCGGUGUUUAAACAGGUGGUAUAAUGUUUAUGUUCUCAUGACAGGGGGUGAAAAAACAUGGAUCAGAUUGUCAGGGCUCUGUUACUGCUCCUGUUAGUACAGUUACCGGCGUCAUUUCAUUGCUCAGAUACCUUCAGUAGAGAUGAUGGAGGAUGGGGAAUGGAUUCCAGUAUGGAGGAUGAAGGCGAGUGCAACAUUGAGAUCAGAGAUGGGAAGUCAAUAACACGCACAGAGUUUAUUAAAGAGUAUGCUUAUGCAAAACCAGUUAUACUCAGAGGACUAACAGAUAACACCAAGUUCCGCUUCCUGUGUUCCAAAUCCAAUCUGGUGAGAGAGUACGGAGAGAAAACGGUCCGUCUCAGCACAGCCAAUACACACUCAUACAGGAAAGUGGACGUGCGGUUUGAAGAGUUCGUAAAGGUCCUUUUGACCCCUCAGUCUGAAGACACCCUGGGCAGCGAUACGCUGUACUUCUUUGGGGACAAUAACUUCACGGAGUGGCAUUCUCUGUUCGAAGAGUAUGAAGCGCCACCCUUUUCUCUUCCACUCAUGCGUCCUGCAUAUAGCUUCGGGAUUGCUGGACCAGGUACUGGUGUCCCGUUUCAUUGGCACGGCCCUGGAUACUCUGAAGUUAUCUAUGGCAGGAAGCGUUGGUUCCUGUACCCCCCUGAAGAGGCACCUGAGUUCCACCCCAACCACACCCAUCUGUCCUGGGUCUCUCGGUCCUACCCAAACCUGGAGCUCCACCAGAGGCCCCUGGAGUGCACCAUACGACCCGGAGAGGUGCUGUAUUUUCCGGAUCGCUGGUGGCAUGCAACUCUAAAUCUGGACACCAGUGUCUUCAUUUCAACUUUUCUGGGUUAAAGACUGAUGUGGCGCGGACUUACACACACAUAUAUACACACACACACA